AUGGCAAGCUGGGGCGACACACCUGAGACCCAGGAGUUCCAGAAGAUCAUCCAGGGCCUCGAGGCCUCUAUUGAACAAUUCCAGUUCAACCCCAGACUUAAUAUUUCAGAUGAUUUAAAGGUUGGCUUUUUCAACACAGACCAUGCUACUCAAACCGAUUCCAGUGAAAUAUUGUCAAUAAAAGAGUUGAGUUCAUCUACACAAAAGUUAGAGCAGAUGAUGAAAUCCCUCCAGGUGGAUUUUGGGUUCUUCAAACAAUUGAUUCAGUUAAAGUUUGAGGAUCGACUAAAAGAGGAAUCUUUGAGUCUCUUCAACAUUCUACAUGAUAGAAUCCUAGAAGUUGAAAAACAUUAUCAACAGAAUGAGGAUAAGAUGAGAAAAUCUUUCAAUCAGCAGUUAGCCGACGCCAUCGCGGUUAUCAAAGGAAUGUACCAGCAAUUCUUUGAGGUAGAAGAAGAGAAGGUUUCUUUGCAAGAUGCGAGUAGUGUCAAAACAAGUAUUUUGUUAAGAAAACUGAAAGAGAAAGAAGACAUUAUUAAAGAAUUAAAAGAAGAACUAGACCAAUAUGAAGAUUUUGGAUUUCAUAAAAUGGAGUCUUUUGCCAAAGAAACCAGCUCUCCAAAAUCAAACCUAGAAAAGGAAAAUUUGGAGUACAAAGUGGAAAAUGAGAGACUGCUUCAGAUCAUUUCAGAGCUUGAAGAAGAAAUCCAGAUCAAUCUAAAAGAAAAUUCAGGAUUAGAAGAUGAACUUAUAAGUAUGAAAGAGAUGGCAGAAAAGGAUCACAAAACUAUUCAAAAGUUAAUGAAUAGUAGAGACAGAUUAAGAGAAGAGCUUGAUUAUGAAAAAUCAUUAGUUCAAGAUAUGAUUAAUAAACAGAAAGAGGACAAGGAAAUGAGAAAAAAGUAUGGCAGCUUAAGUGUCAAGGCGGCAAGGUCAGCCAAGGGGAGAGAAGCCUCUUUGUCUCCAUGGCCCAAGUCUCCACCAAGCACCACAGCUUCAAGGCCACAUUCUGCAUCCAUGAGUGUAUCGUCUGCUGGGACCAAGAAAGCUAAGACUCCAAAGAAGGCUUUAAAGGAAGAGCAACCUGUGGCUGAAGACAAACCUGCUUUGGAGUCUCAAAUAGAAGCAUUAAAGGCUAAUUUACAGGAAGAGAAACAGAAGGUGGAAAGGAUUAGGAAGGAAGCUGAUCGACUAAACAAAAACUGGGAAAAGAGAUUCUCUAUUCUCAGGAACAGCUUUCAUGUCCUUAAGAAUGAGAUGUUUACAAGACACACACUGUUUCGUCAGUUUGCAGUGCUUGCUGACACAUCCUUCAAUUAUAUUAAAGUAAAACCCUUAUAUGUGCAGUCUAAAACAACCUUGACAGGUACAGCCUCUUCAAGUCGUGGAUCAUUUUCAAUAGACAGUAAGCGUGCAGAUGUAGCCAGUGAUCAGGCAUCCCCUCAACUUUCACCAAAAGGUGAACAGACGCUGGCUGUGAUGCAUUUUAGCUUAUCAGCUCCUGUCAUUGGUGUGACCAGCACUGUGGAUGUCACCCUCUGUGUUGCCGAUCUAACUAUUCUCAUGAUUUGA